AUGUGGACGGGGUCAGACAUGGUUCGACGAUUCGGGAACGGGAUCAGCGGAUGGAUCAACCGUAUGAUGUACUCGGCCCUCGACAAUGGACAUCCGACUUUCACCGACUUCCCUCUCGAGAAGCAGCAUAUGUGGUUUCAACAGUUUGCGGCGGAAGAAAAUGAGGAUCAUCUCACCCUAAUAAAGACGGCGUAUACCAACAAGAAGACCGGCGAGAUUGAUGAUGGUGUUGUGAGGGAUGUGGUCACCCUCAUCGACAGUCAGAUGGAAGAGGAAGUGUCUCAGCUUCAAACCGAGGAUGAUGAUUCGACGGGAUCGACCGGCUUGCCUCGGGUUCGGAUCAACCAAAUCGUUGAAGCGUCGGUUCCAAAGAAGAAGGACCGUUUGUUCGGUUUGGCUCGUCGGUCCAACUCGGUUCCGUCUGCUUCUGCACCACCGUCCUUUGUUGAUCAAGAAGUCCUUCUGAGUCAGAUGAGGGACAAGGAUGCUCGCAUAUCUGCGUUGGAGUCCAUGGUGGCGAGUCAAGAGGCGGGCUGGGAGGCACAGAGGAAGCUGAACGAGCAAAUGAUGGCGAUGAUGAGGAGCAUGAACCCGAACGCCAACGUGGAGCUCCCGACCAUGCCAGACCCGAACGUCCAAAACCCGUAGUUUAAUUUCUUUCAAAAACUCGAAAUGUUUUAUUUUGAUUUGUAUGACUUUGAAAUUUAG